UCUAGCCGCUACACUCACGCCCACUUAUUUAUUUUCUGUCAAAUUUUAUAUGAAUGUACAUGUACACAUAGAAUUUAAUUGUUCAACUGAGAACUGAUCUCGGUCAAAAAUGUCCAGCCUUCUAGCUCAGUACGAGCUGGAGGCGCAGCAGCUUUCAAGAGCGGACAUGGGUACAACUGGAAUGAUUAAAAUGCUGAUGGAUGCGGAGCCUGCGAUGUUCAGCAAAGUCAAAGUGAACUUGCCAGGGUCAGCAGGAAGGGCUCCGGUUCAGCGACUGGCUGCCAGCAACGACGUUGUCCUUGUUGUGCUCAGCAACAACUCGGUGUUGCGUUAUGACCACCGUCAGCCGGACAAAGUUGAUGAAAUUGACGUAGGGAGGCCCAUGUCUGUGGCAAUGCGAGUGGUUGGAGUUUUCUUGGACCCGUGGGGGCAACACGCCCUUUUGAGUGUUGCCUCAAAGCACGGGGACGCUGGGCCAGAGUUGCUCUACCUCUCUGGCAAGUCGACCAAAUUCAGACAGAGCAGCCGGGCAAGGGGCGUUGAGGUCACGGCUGUCGGCUGGAACCACACCAAUGAUGCAGUCACCACCACAGGACCCUUGCUCGUUGGGACUUCAAAGGGUCUGCUCUUCGAGUGCGAGUUUUUGGCAGAGACCGAUCGCAUCUUCCAACUUAGCUGGGAAAAAAUUUGGAAAGAGGCGUUUGACCUGGGUAAAGGGUCUUUGCUCCCCAUUGUGGGCAUAGAAUUUCAUCGGGCCCACGCCAGUUCGGAACGCUACUUUGUCAUGGUAGCAACAGCUAGCAGAAUUUAUCAGUUUGUUGGUAACGCCAGCGGCGCUGAUGACAAACCCGUCCUGCUGCAAAUUUUUAACAGCUACCUAAAUGCCAGUAUUCCUGAAAACUACAUGGAAAUGACAUCACCUCUGAAAAACUCAAGGCUCCAGUUUUGCUACACUCAAGUGAAGGAGCCACCCAAGAUCUUUGGCUGGCUCACCUCAAAUGGAAUUUACCACGCUGAGGUUGAUUCUACUAGUCCUCCUGGUCAAGAUAGCAUAUUCUCCAAGUGCAAAGUACUCAAAUUUUUGCCAAUGCAGGGCAACGUGGAGAUCCCUGAUCUUCCUGCUUCCUUCGUUAUGACUCAAUUCCAUGCCCUUCUAAUGUACCCUGACCGUGUUCAGGCACUCUGUCUGCUAAACCAAGAGCAAAUCUUCCAGGAUACUUUUCAGGCUGACCUAACUGGAAAAUUGUUAGGAAUCUGCAAAGAUGCACUGAAAGGUUUUAUCUGGGUUUACUCAGAAAAGUCUAUUUUCAAGUACAAGGUGUUGCAAGAGGAACGGAACAUGUGGAAGGUCUACCUUGAGCAAGGUGACUUUGAUAGAGCGAUGGAGUUUGCUAGAAACAACCCAGAGCAUACUGACCUUGUACUUGUACAGAAAGCUGAGAAACUGUUUGAAAAAGAAAAAUAUAUGGAGAGUGCCACGACUUUUGCAGACACAAAGACCUCCUUUGAAGAAAUCACUCUGAAGUUUCUGAGAAAGUGGCAAAUUGAGGCUUUGAAACUUUUUCUCUGCUUGAAAUUGGAAAAAGUUCGACCACAGGACAAGACGCAGAUCACUAUGAUUGUGGUGUGGGUCAUUGAGUUGUUCCUAAACCAGCUGGGAGAGCUUAGGGAUAGUGGGAAGGCAGACACACCUGAGUAUGACGAGCUGCAGAAGCACUUUAAAGGCUUCAUGGACCAGCGUCUGGUCAAGGAAUGUGUGAAGAACAAUUACGGCACAAUCUACAAUCUCAUGGCUAGCCACGGUGAUAAGGACAAUCUUACCAGUUUCACCUUGUUAAACCAAGACUAUGAACGAGUGAUAGCCCAGAAUAUCCAAAAAGGCGCCUUUGAGGAUGCUUUGGAAGUGUUGAAGAGGCACGGGAGGAAAGAGCACUUUUACCAAUUUGCACCAGCUCUUAUGCAAGCUGUGCCUCGUAAAAUGGUGCAGGCAUUAAUUGGUCAAGGUCGAAACUUGACACCUGCACGGCUGAUCCCUGCUUUGGUUUUAUGUGACCAGGGUGGUACUGACCUGCAGGCAAGCGAGACGGUACGCUACCUUGAAUUCUGCGUUCAGGAUUUACAGUGUAAAGAUCAAGCUAUCCACAAUUACCUGCUUGCACUCUACGCCAGACUCAACCCAGAGAAGCUUAUGCAGUACCUUGCCAUUCAAGGCCAGGAUGUUAGCUUAAUCAACUAUGACGCCCACUACGCCCUGCGCAUUUGUCGUGAAAGAGGCAUUGCAGAGGCAUGUGUGCAACUGUCCUGUCUGCUAGGCUUGUGGGAGGCUGCAGUGGACUUGGCGCUAUUGGUCAAUCUAGAUGUUGCCAAGCAAACGGCUUCCCAAACACCUGACGACAAUGAGCUGAGGAAGAAGUUGUGGCUAAAAAUAGCACGUCAUGUUGUGGAGGAAAAGGAAGAUGUUCAACAAGCUAUGGACUUCAUGCAGCAAUGCGACCUGAUCAAAAUUGAGGAUAUUUUGCCAUUUUUCUCUGAUUUUGUCACCAUUGACCAUUUCAAAGAUGCCAUUUGCCAAUCACUUGAAGAGUACAACCAACACAUUCAGGAGCUGAAGGAGGAAAUGGAGGAGGCUACCAAGUCGGCUGAGGUUAUUCGAGAUGAGAUCAACGCCUUCAAAAACAAAUUUGCAUAUGUGUCUGGGCACGAUAUGUGCAAUCUAUGCCAUCAGCAACUGAUGAGUCGUGCAUUCUUCCUCUUCCCUUGUUCGCACCACUUCCACAUGGACUGUCUUCAGGCUCAGAUCACGCCUAUGCUGUCUACCAAGCAGCUCUCCCGUCUUAGGGAGCUUCAGCGCCAGUUAGCAAGCAUGACUGUAAAGGAAGAUGCUGUGUCCGUCGGCUCGUCAGCCAUCAGUGCCAGGGAACAGGUCCGAACUGAGGUUGACUCACUUGUUGCUGGCGAGUGCCUCUACUGCGGGGACAACAUGAUCAGGUCAAUUGACCAGCCUUUCAUUGAUGAGGCAGACUACGACAAGAUCCUCAAGGAUUGGGAGUGAUCAAUUACAAGAGCAUUCCUUAUUGGACUGAAUUUUUAAGUGAUCUUUGUUCUGCAAAAUGUUUCAUUGCUGCCGUACUGUAAAUUUCAAAGUCAUUUUUCCUUAUCAAUUUAAUUCAAUUAAUAAUUAUAGCAGAUCAAAGAAUAUAAUAACUUUAAAUUAAAUUUAAAAACAAAAAACCUAUGAAAAUUUUAUUUAUUUGAGGUGUCUUAAAAAUUAAUUAUAAACUCCAAUC